AUGGAUCCGGAGAAAACGGUGCCGACAACGAAUCCAAAUUCGGAUUCGUUAGGCAGCCCGCCUGACUCUAUUGACUCCGUGGCAGCACCUUCAAUUUCCUCACUACCAUCUCUCACCGAAGACUCAGGUAGCAGUCUAAAUAGCCCGAUAAUCUCUACCAAUACCCUCAGUAUGGAGGGUGGACCUAACUACCUUCCACGAACAAUGGAAGAGCUCGAGUCUCUGGGGUACGCCCCAGUGUGGUCGAGGGUACAUGGAUACCCUGGAACGAUCCCCGAAGAGAUACUAGAGUAUCUCGAUGAGAGCAGCCCUAGUAAGCAGACCUGCAACUCCGAUGCUGUUCUUACAGAGACGGAGAACCUUGAAACUAAUUUGGCUUCAGAAACAGAUGAGUGGAUUGGACCACUCAGUAGCCUAUUUUGGUUGGCUGGCUUAGAUGAGCUGGUUGACGCAGUCUCUGACCCGGCAAUCCGCCUCCAAGACGAAGUUAGGAUGAUUCCGACAAAUGUCGGAAUCACCUGGAUCCUUGAGGAUUUGUUUAUCGAGGAAAAGCUUCCCAAGAGCCUCUACAAUCGAUACUUUUAUGAUUUCGACCCCUAUGAAGGAGCAGGAUCGACAGUUAUGCCAGUUCGGCUGGACGCUAUCCCUUUCAAGGUUGGAAGUCUAUGUGCUAGACAUAGGCUUUGUGAUCUGUUUCCUGUCUCACGACUCCAAUCUUUGCCACAGGAAAUUACUACUGUGCGAAUCAAAGGCGACAAACACAAGCUACGAUCGGCGAAGAAAAUUGAGGAGUAUCUCCCUAAGAGCAGAGGUACACAGUUUUUGUUCCGAGUUUGUACUCGGUCUGCCUUGGCCUCUCUUAUGGCGUUCUUCACGCCAGUGGUCAAUGGGAGUAACUUUGACAAUGAACUUGGACCGGGGAUAUAUACAUCUGACUCUCUUGAGUGGGUACUGAAAUUUGGGUUCAGAAAUCGGGCUUUGCUGGUCUUUAAAAACCCGGAUUUUCGAGCUCUGAAUGUCUGGACUGCCUCGUUGACAGAUUGGCAGCACAUAGUUGCCACCUGGACCCAGAAACCACUCUCCAAUACACCGAAUUCGAUACCAACGGAAUGGAGAUCCGCUGACAUAAUUCACGGGCCAAUUUCGAAGCCAAGCUCAACCAGAAUUGCGCUUCCAGAGCCAGGGGAGUAUUCACAGACAGUCGCAGUCAGCCCUGCAGGAUGUGCAGCGCUCGCUUCCUCCCUUGAUCUUAUUGUUUGGAUCGAGUAA